GGCUGGGUAGGAGGCUCUGGGACAGGAGGUUGAGUUCUGGUGGUGGCUGUGGUGUUACUAGAAGGCAGAUGACUUCUUUGCUCUCUGCUUUUGGGGAAUCGUUCUUCAUAGCCACCUUUAAUUUGCACCUCACUUUGUGAUGGAGACUUUUCCCACUGUUUGGUGCUGGUUUGGACCCAGGGCCUCUGCACAGCAUGUGCUCCACCACUGAGCUACACUCCCAGCCCUGGAACAUCCUCGAUUCUUGCUGUUGUCAAUAAGAAGAGAUUGAUGUGGGAGUUAUCAUGGGCUGAUUUGGAGGAAUCACCUGAAGCAAAAUUGCAAAAGGUGUCUUGUUACCAUCUUAAGUCUCCACCUGGGGGUGUGAUCAGUACUGUGCCAAUACAGUAAAGGUGACUGCAGGCUACGACAGUGACUCCUGUUUGUGUGUGUUUGCUCACACCACCUGGAACCUGCCUCUUAUCUUCUAGGAGAGUCCCUAGUGUCUAUUUCAGAAGGCACAUACACUAUUGUCCUGUAUCAGUGGAUUUAAAGUUUAACGACUUUGUUUUCCAUGGUUCUGGCCUCUUGGGAUCUCUGCUGACCACAUGGUCUUUGCAGGCUGAGCUGGCAUCCCAACCUAUCACCUCCAGGUCCCAGCCUUCUUCUGUUACAUUUCCUUUUUGUUUAGAGAACUAUCUUUCAUCAUUUUUAAGGUUCUGGAGGCUAGAAAUCCAAGAUCAAGGUGCUGGCAGACCUCGUACCUGCUGAGGUCUAUCCCUCACAGUCCCUUCUCAGUAUGGUUUGAGUCUGGAUGAGAUGAGAGCUCUGACAGUUCAGAGAGUGAAGUUUAUCCUGGGUCAUCCACUGUUGAAACGUGCAUUUCAGGAACAGGCAGAGAAGACGAAGAAUUUUGUCAAUCGGGGCCUCGUCAUCGGGGAGGUGCUCUCCACGGCCGACCUGGCCACCAGUGUGAAGUGUGGAAUCAUUUAUUGGCUAUUUGGUGGUGCUGUGAGGAAUCUUGGAAGCCCCAGACAUGUUACUCAGUGGCUGCAGCCACUCAAGGAGCAACAAUACACCGGGAUGUUUGCAAUGACCGAGAGGGGCCACGGGAGCAACGUGAGAGGGAUCCAGACGGAGGCCACCUUUGACCUUGCAGCUCAGGAGUUUGUAAUCAACACACCGUGUGAAAACGCCCAGAAGAUGUACAUCGGGAACGCCAUGGGCGGGAACUACGCAGCCGUCUUUGCCCAGCUCAUCAUCAAUGGAAGUUCACAAGGGCCCCACUGUUUCAUCGUUCCCAUCCGGGAUGAGAAUGGAGGCUUGUACCCGGGAGUGACAGCUAUUGAUAUGAUGCACAAGGAAGGUCUGCACGGUGUGGAUAACGGGAUCUUAAUCUUCAACAAGGUUCGGGUACCCAGGGAGAACCUGCUGGAUAAGUUUGGUUCUGUGGCCCCAGAUGGGCAAUACCACUCACCUAUUAAGAACAAGAGUGCGAGAUUCAAUGCGAUGUUGGCCGCGCUGACCCCUUCGAGAUUAGCAGUGACUUUCCAAGCUCUGAGCGCCAUGAAGCUUGGGUUGACCAUAGCCAUUCGCUAUAGCCACAGCCGGAGGCAGUUUGGGCCCAAAGCCAAGGAAGAGGUGAGAAUCAUCGAGCACCAAACACAGACGCUCCGGCUGAUGCCUCACCUGGCCACAGUGCUGGCCUUGACCUUUACCAGCAGGUACGCGGGGGCCCUUCUGGAUGAGGACAUUUUCCAAGGGAAGGAGCUGGUCAGCAGCCGCGUGCUGCAGGCCCUGGUGGCGGGGCUGAAGGCCUACAGCACCUGGGAGAAUGUUGGCUGCCUGCAGGACUGCCGCGAGAGCACCGGAGGCAUGGGCUACAUGAUGGAAAACCGAAUCUCAGACUUGAAGUGUGAUGCAGAUGUGUUUGUAACUUUCGAAGGUGACAAUGUUGUCAUGCUUCAGGUGGUGGCCCGGGAACUGCUGGCUCAGUACACCAAACAGCAACAAGACCAUCCACUCUCUGGCCUGCUGUGGAGCUGGGUGGCGUCUGUGAGUGACAAGCUGAGGACCAGUUUCCUGGCAUUUAAUACGGAUGCGAUUGGUAACCUCGCUUUUCUGUUGAAGGCCGUGAAUUUCCGCGAGAGGGUUCUUCAGCGGGGUUUGGUGGCCAGAAUUUAUUACAAGGUGGUGACCAAGAAAGAGGACUUCUUCCAUGCCUGGAACUCGUGCCUGCACCACAUCACUCUCCUGUCCCUGGCACACACUCACAGAGUGACCUUGGAACAGUUCUCCCAGGCAGUGAGGAGCUGCCCAGACCCACAGGACCAGGCUCUGUUAAUGAAGUUUUGUCUGUUAUAUGGAACCAAGCUGGUGUUCCAGGAGCGGGCCUGGUAUUUAGAACAGAAAUACCUGACUCCCAGGGCCAGCAGCAGUAUCAGGAAUCAGUUGCUGGAUUUGUGUGACUCGGUGAAGGAUGAUGCCCUGAGGGUGAUUUCUGCCUUCAACAUUCCACACACCAGCCUCCACGCACCAAUCGCCGGGAUCCCCAGCCCGCACGCCGCCUGGGCCUUCUACCCUGCGCGGAUUCUGCCGCUGGCUGGGGAAGGGGAGCGGUCCCAGCGGCCCAAGCUGGGAGCCAAGCUGUAACCCGCGUGGACGGAAGUGUAGCGGCCAGUCCGCAGCUGCCCCCAAACUCCCUUCAUGGGUGCCCGAAGCUGGGGCAGAGGCCGGGCUGGCACGUGCGCGGCCGCCGCCCGCGGGGAUUUUGGUGGCGGAGCAGAGGUCCAGCCGAGGCUUCGGAGGCGCGCGGUUGGCUGUUGGGCAGAGCGAGCCUAGACGGCCGCCAGGGAACUAAAACACUUGGUCUUUUUCCUGUAACCCCGCCUGGCCCGGCCGCGACCUCGUCUAGCUUUGGCGCCGGAUCCCCCGAGACAAUCAGGGUGGGCUCCCCCACGAGCGCACCCCACAGACGGGUGCCGCCAAAGAUCUGCUGUCAGCGGUGAGUCAGAUUCCCAGUGAUUUCGAAAAACUCUGGUUCUGGGUGAAAAAAAAAAAAUCAAAACAUAAAAAUCAAAUACCCUCAGGCGAAAGGAAACAAGAAAAAGAAAAAAAGCCCCAUCCACUCCGGGCGCGGGCAAAGGUUUAGCCAGCCACUGAGGCUUUUCCAGUGAAUCAGACCUUUGGGGCUCGGUGAGGAAACGCACCGGCGGGGGGAGGGGAGCUGAGCCUGGAGUUGUGCUCUGAGCAAAGUCAGAACUUGGGCUGGUCCUCCCAGGCGGGCGGUUUCCGGACCGCAAGACAACGCGCGGAAAACAUUUUUGCCACUUGAAACUGUAUUCUGUUCUUUAGAAGAGCACAGACACAAAGUUUAAUAAAGAACCUGGGUGCUGGGAAGGCGCCUCCGCGGCUUGGUGAGGUCGGGGGAGGGGGUCUGGGGAAUACAUCGCAAUAAAUUGGUUUCGGAA